AUGAAUAAGAAAUAAAAUAUUCCACUUAAGAAUAUUUAACCUGAUACGUAUUUCUUAAUCUUAAUUAAUAGAGUACCAUUCUCUGAUGGAAAUGCCUUAAAAUAUUGGAGAAGUUUUCGUCAUGCCAUUACUACAAUUAGAUUACUACAAAAUCCAAAAACUUAGAAAUUGAACUCUCCAGUAAUUAUAAAUAUAUUAAUCCAAGGAUGAACUAACUAUUAGUGGUUACAAAUCUGUAAAUAAAACAAAACAUAGAUCAGAAAGUAGUCAUAACCUUAGUUAAGCAUUAAAAAAUAUUUAAAUGCAAUAAUCACUUUUUACAUCUAUUGAAAAAGGAUAUUCACCAGAUAAAAUUAAAGAAAUAUUAGAUAAAGACCCUAAAAAGUAUACUCUUAUUAUUUAUCAAGAUAUUUCUAUGAUCAUAAAAGUGAAUUUAGUUUAGCUAACAAAAAAAAUUAAAAAGGAUUAACACCUUUAUAUGUAGCAGCUUAACUAGGACAUCUUGAAAUAUGUAAAAUUUUAAUCGAGAAAGGAGCCAAUCCUUAAAUAUGUGUAUCAAUAAAUGGAAUAGAAGAAACUCCAUUAGAAGUUGCUUAAAGAUGGAAACAUUUAAAUAUUGUUCACUUUUUAUAACUAUAAAAUUGAUAUUGAUAUUAUUUAAUUACUUACUUUAUAUCAAAUUAAUAUUUAUGUAUUUAAAUAUACUUUCAGGAAAUAAAUUAUUAAGAUUUCUUAAAUAGAUAAUUGUCUAUAAUUUAUUAUUGUGAAUUUAAAUUAAAAAUUAAAUUUGCAUUUUAAAUAAGAAUUAACAAAUAUUCCCAAUUUUAGUGUUACUUAUAUAUAUUGA